UAUGAAUCCACUUAAUAUAUAGAGUGAAAAUAAGGAGUCUGAAUUAAAAGAAGAAUAAGCAGUUUAGAAUGAGCAGGAAGAAGUUAGAACAUUAACUAAUUUAAGUAUUGAGGACAAAAUUAAAUAAAAGAAGAUUAAUGAUGAUCAUCUUGAGAGAAAUAAAAAGAGAUUAAUUAGAUAGUUUACAAUUCUAUUCAUAAUCACUUUAUUUAUAAUAUUAGAAAGAAUUUUAUAUUCCAUUAUUGUAGGAGUUGAAAAUGAACUUUUAAGUGACUUCUAGAGUUUAUUCAAUUUGAGAAAAUCAAAAUUAACUGAGUUUGAUGAAAUGGAUUAUUUUAAUGAUAAUUUUUUAUUUGAUAUGGCAGGAAGUGUCCAUAGGAAUGGAAUAUCUAUAAUGAUCUUUACAAAUUACUUUAUUACUUUAUAUGUUGGAUUCGAUGCAUUAAUUGCUGUAAAAAUAUUAUAUACAUCUUAUUUGAGUGUGUUUAUUGUAGCAUUCUUAUAAUUGAUAUAUUCAGAUCCUAGACCAUUUUGGGUUUAUGAGAAAGUAUCAUUAUUUAUAAUAAUAAGUUAGUGACUUCCCUUUGUAUACCAAGUUAUGGAAAUCCAUCAUCGUUUGUUUGUUAAUUGACAUUCACUUUAUUUUAUACCGUAUAUUGUUAUAAGACUAAGAAUCAUACUAGAUCAUUUAAGACUUAUGAUUAGAAAAUAGAUAGAAAAGUAAAAAUAGUUCAAUUAUGCAUAUCACUAUUUGUUUUUCUGUAUUCUAUAUUGUUAUUUUUAAUGGCUUUAUAAUAUUUGAUAAAUAUGAUUUUGGGUUUGAUUUAUUGCUUUGUAUUUUAUGCAUUUUAUGUAACUUUUGAGAAUUAGAUCAAUAAUAUAAUUAAGCAUUCUACUAUAAUGAAUAUUGUAAUAUAAUAUAAUCAAUAAUAUUAGGAUUCAAAACGAUAUGUGUUUUAUAUAUCAUUUUUCUUAUUGAUAACAGAAACAAUAGCAGCAAUGUUAAUAUCAAAUGAAUAUGAAUUGGUUAAUAUUGAAUGGGCAAAUAAUUUUAUGAAUUGUCUCUAUAUGACAGAUAUUAAUGCAAUGAAAAUACCAGCAUAAUUGUUAAUGGGACCACAUUUUACAUUCUAAAAAACGAGUGUGAUAUUUGCUUUGAUUGGUGCCUUAUUUGGAGUUUCACAUUGUUUUAGACACAUAAAUUCACUUGAAUGGUAUAAAGGAGAUAAGAGAAAAAGAAUCUUAAGAAUAAUAGUAGCAAAUCUAUUUACAAUACCUGGAUGGAUUUUUGCUUUGAAUGUUGAAUCAAUAGCUUUGAAUAGUAGAAUGUAUGAAUGGGGAGCUUCAUUCUUUUUAGUAAAUAAUUAAUUUGAUUGUUUAUAGAUGGAGAGUGUAGCAUUUUUGUUGUUUUAUUUCUUUAUGUUUGCAAUAAUCCCAUUGUAUGUUUUCAAAUAUUUACAUUUGAAUGCUUCUAGUUCAUCAUCAUAUGUUGUAGUUAAAUUAUCAGAAGAAGAUUGAUUUUGUUAUUAAUUAUUAUAAUAAAUAUAAUGGCAUUGUAGAAAGGGAAAAAUAAAAUAAAUCAUAGACAGCGGUAGGGAGAUUGGAUAUGUAGUAGUUGCAAUAAUAUGAAUUUUGCAUUUAGAGAUACAUGCAAUAGAUGUCAUUCAUAGAAAAAUUAUAAAGAAAAUGAAAAUAAGGGAUUCAAAUCAGCUUUAUUCUUGACAGAGAGCAAUGGUGAUAUUCCACCAAUAUCAGAUAGAUCUAAUAAAUCUUCUGGAGAGAAAAAAGAUAAUGGCAAUAAUAAGUUCUCAUUUGAUAAAUUACCAUCUAUGGAACCCAUUUUGAAAUAAAUUACAAAAGAAACAUGUAAAAAACAAUUAAAUUAAAAGAACAAAAAAAAUAUGAUUUAUUUGAGUUUGAAUGGUAGUGCUAAAAAUGUGAAAAGAUUAAUUAAUACUAUAAAAUUCAUUGUGCUGAAUGCGGAGCUUAAAGGUACAGAAAAUUAACAGUAUGAU